AUGGCCCAGGCCCCGCCUUCGUGGCAGAGGCUGUUGGGGCUGCUGUCGGUGCUUCUGGCACUGAUCCUCGGCGUCUCGGCCAGGGAGCACGGUGCUGCUGCCACCGGCUGCCCCGCUGAUUUCGCAUCGGCCCCGAUCACCGCCAUUUCUGCCGGUUUCGACAACAGCACCGAUGUUGCUGAGACUCAAGCAGAGCGCUCGCACGUCGAGAAGCUCGAGGCGACUAGCUUGCACGGCAGGGGCGCCCGAUCUAGCUUCGAGGCUUUCCGAGUCCAGAUCCCGGCCUCGUGUAACACUCCUAGCAUGAAGAGCUCCCUCAUCGAGCUCCCCAUCAGCUUCGCCAGUCUGCACAUGCACCUGCAGAACAUCCGAACCAAAUAA